GAAGUUCCUCCUCCUCCUCCUCCUCUUUCUUUCUUUCCCCCCCUCAGAGCAGGGCGGGCCAAAUUUGUGGCGCCUCCUGAGUCUGAGGAGGAGGAGGAGGACUGGAGGGCUAGUGGAAAAAGAGGGAGAAAGAAGAAGGGAGCCAAAAAGAGAGAGAAAGCUAAGCCAGAACACACAACAACAACAACCACAACAACCUUUAUUUCUCUCUCUCUUUCUACACAACAAUGCCUCUCGGGGGAUUGUGCUUGGUGUGUGAACACUGAGAGAGGGAUAUAUUUGCUUAUCCCCCCCCCCUUUCUCUGUUUUUCCCUUCUCUUUCUCCUCCUCCUUUAAAAUGUCGUUGGGUUUGGCGCCUUCUUCUUCUUCUUCCUGGUCAUAUUAUUCCUCCUCAACAUCAUCAUCAUCAUCUUCCUCCUCCUCCUCUUCCUCCUGCUCAUCAUGGCCAACGGCGACGGGGCGAUGCUGAAGUGCGUGGUGGUGGGCGACGGGGCGGUGGGCAAGACCUGCCUCCUGAUGAGCUACGCCAACGACGCCUUCCCCGAGGAGUAUGUGCCCACCGUCUUUGACCACUAUGCAGUCAGUGUAACAGUCGGUGGGAAGCAGUAUCUCCUUGGGCUGUAUGACACUGCAGGACAGGAAGACUAUGAUCGCUUGAGACCAUUGUCAUACCCCAUGACUGAUGUCUUCCUCAUCUGCUUCUCUGUGGUCAAUCCGGCUUCUUUUCAGAAUGUGAAGGAGGAAUGGGUACCAGAACUAAAGGAAUAUGCACCAAAUGUACCAUACUUGUUAGUUGGUACCCAGAUUGAUCUUCGUGAUGACCCUAAAACUUUAGCAAGAUUGAACGAUAUGAAGGAAAAACCAAUAUGUAUGGAACAGGGACAGAAGUUAGCAAAAGAGGUGCCUACUGCUACGUGGAGUGCUCAGCUUUGACACAGAAAGGACUGAAGACUGUUUUUGAUGAAGCUAUUAUAGCCAUUUUAACUCCAAAGAAACACAUGGUGAAAAAAAGAAUAGGCUCAAGAUGCAUUAAUUGCUGCCUGAUCACGUGAGACCACACUGGGCCACGCAUACUGUGAAACUCCUGGUACCAUGCAAAUAUACAUUUAAAACAACAACAACACCCUACUAAUAGAUCAUAGAUCAAUUGGGAAGCUGCUUUUUUCAGAAUUGGCAUUUGGUGAAACCCAGAGGGAGAGAGAGGGAAAUCCCAAACGUGUGAAGAAGCAGGCACCAUCUGUUAUGAAUACUUUAUUCAGACUGGAAGGAAAGUACAAUCUCUCAGGGGUAACAUAAUUUAGGGCAAGCGACAGAUGUCUCUUCAUGUUGCCACAGCAUGCAAGCCAUGUUUCAAGAGGAGGAACGCCAGCCCAACGAUAUUUGAAGAUGUUUGGAUAGGCUUCUGCUUUUUGGCCACAGUCUCUGCACAGUAUUUACAGAGUCAGCACAACAACAAAGACACCUUCCCUCUUUGCUCCAGUUAUCUGCUUUUGUAUGUAAGCUGCUUCCUGUUCCAGUAUAUCCACAAGGGUGCAAUAAGAAGACCAGAUGCAUAGCCAAAAGUGGCUCCAAGCGAGCAGGAGAUGGGCCACACCUGGAAGAAGAGAACACUACAUCAGAAGACUGGGAGAGAAGAGAUUAACGGAGGACCUUCCCUCCUCCCUAGUGUGCUUUUCUGAGCGCAAGUUAUUUUGUGUAAUGGAAAGAAGACACCAAAAUGUGAUACUGGAUCCACUGCAGAUUUUGACUUGCUUUUCUAAGAGAAUGCCAAAAGUGUUAACCAGUCAUCAUGCAUUUCUUACAAACACUCAGUGUUGUACAGUUUUUAAACUCAUGUGCAUUAAAAUGUAACUAGGUUUCUGGCUAUACAGUACUGCAGAUGAUGCUUGGUAAUUGCCAGAACAAGAUGGGAAGAUUAUGAAGCAUUUUAUGUGCCUAUUUUUGUUUUCUGCUUUCCAGUUUAUCUGUUGUUUUUUAAUUAGUUGAAAGUUAAAACAGCC